UAAUCAAGCACAUAUGUUACAUCGAGCGUUUCCAAAACAUGAUAUUUCAAGUCUAAACAAUAUUGCACGUCUGGGCAUUGCGCAAAUAUUUUAGAUCAUAUUCUAAGGAUAAAGCUUACAAGCGACAGACAUGGCAAGUGUUGAGACACCAAUCCAGGAAGAAAAUAUUGCUGUGGAGAAAUCAAACAUUUCUAGUAACGACUUAAACCAAGAAAAUGAAAAUCCCAACAUACCUGUGAAAGUUCCUGAAAAUCAAUCCAUACCACUGCAAGAAAUAUCCUCAGGGGCACAGAAAAGUGAAAGCUCAGUUAAUACUGCAUUCUCCAUGGAUGAUGAAGAAAUUCAUGAAUGCAUUCCACCAGUAACACACCAUGAUAUUAUUCCUGAACUUCUCUUGAGAGCAGAAACAAAAGACCAAGCUCCACAGUACUCUAGAUUUGGAACUCUGAUAGAUAGAGCAAACCAAUGGUUAAAGGAGAACCCACGUCUGAUGUUGUGGAAAUGUGAAACAGUUGUCUUUAAGCUUGGAAUAGAGGAAAACAUUGAUACAGAUCAUGUUUACUACUUGGAAUCUGCUUAUGGCUCUAAUAUAUUCCUUGCAGGUCUAAGACUAUGGCUUGUACCAAGACCAUCCCCAGACAUUCCAGUGGAAGAAAUUGGAUACACUUCUGCUUUACCAGGACGGCAAACAGCAAUAAUGCAGGGACAGUACGAAUCCCGUAUCAAUGUGUCUGAAGGGGUUAAGCUCACGGAUAUGAUUGGAAAUUUAAACAAACAGAUAAUGAAGAACCCUCUACCAGGAAAUAUUUUAAAUGUGGAGACUGUGGUGUAUAGAGUUUCGACAGACUUUGGUGAACUACUGUCUGUGGAUCCAGAUGAAACCUGUUGGGCAGAGCAUGGACAGAAGACUAGAACCGUUGUCCAUGGAUUAAGGAUUUACUACAUCAAAGGAAAGCCACAAUAUGUCACUAUUGGUUUCCAUGAUGAACAACCAGACAUUGCUGAUAAUUCCUUUGGAACAUCAAUUAAGUUUUUGCCUUUCAGAAGGGUAGUGGGGAAAAUGGGCAUGUUUCUCAGGAAGCAGAAGAACAUCAGAGUUUUGAAUCUACAGAGUGUCAAUGUAAAAUUUGUGAUGGAUUCAAGAGGUUUCCUGAAAGUUGAGCAUGAAGAUUGCACUAGUCAAGAACCAGCGCACAUUGAGACAAGAUACUGCAAAAUCCUCAGGUCAUUUUUCCAGAUCAACUCCACCAAAUCUGCAGAACAACCGUACAAGUCCCUCAGUCUCUCAACCAGGCUGUUUGUCCCCGUUAGAGUGUACGGUCGUGAGUUUGAAUCCUGGUCUAAGACAAUGAUGAGGCUGACAAAAUGGAUGAAUUAUGCAAAGGUUCCUCCCUUUGGUGUGGAGACUGUGCAAUACCAGAUCUACAUUGAUGGCUACAAUACACCUGUUCUGGAAGACAAGAUCGACUCAUCUAUCAGACGAAAUAUGGGGCGUUACCAUCUCUCAACAAUCAGGAUGUACUUCCCUUCCGAGUAUGAGGAACCACCAACAGAGGUGUCACCUGAAGUUGACACAGGAUAUGCUUCUUCUUGGGGAUGCUCCAUAUCAUAGGAUGAGCCAAAACAUUAAGGGAUUAACCUUAAAAUACAGUAUCCAGACACAGUCAUAAUAGCUGGGGAACCUGGUGACUUUUUUAGUCAGUAUGCAACAGGGUAUCUCUGUAAAAUUGUACAUUUGAUUUGUUGUCUUAAAAUAAUGAAAUCAAUAAUUAUACAUUUCAACAUUUUUCUAAGUCGGUGUUGUAAGAAUCUGGGUGUCCAAUCAAAUAAGCACAACCAGUCAAUGCACAGAAAGUUGAGGGUUUUUUUUUUAUUAUUUUUAUUUCAUUUUUUUUUCUUUUUUUUUUUGGUAGAAUACUGGAAUAAAUAUUCUUCAUUUAUUCAUAGUGUAUGGUGAGCAUUUUGAAAUAAAUUACUCUGAGCUGCCCUGAUUAUAUCUUCAGAUUUAAUAGGCACUUUAUAAUAUACAUAUAUAGUUUCCCAAGAUGGUGAAACUUUGAAUCCGUCCAUUUUUUUCCCUCUUUUUUUUUGAAGGGGGGGGGGUAUUUUUGAAAGAUGAACAGAUGAGCAAGUCAUUGUCAGAGAAAGCACUAGCAAAAAUGUAAUUUAAAAUUAAAUAUUUAUUAGUGAUACACUGUAACUGUACUCAGACUUCUUGCUUUUGAAAUUAUUUUUUUAAAAAAAGUUCUGAAUUGUGAACACCAAACUUUAAAUUUUGAAUGCCAAAGAUAUUUGCACAGGCAUGUAAAAAUUAUCUGUAUGUCUUUUGUUUUUCUUUAAUCACUAAAAAAUGUAUCAUUACAAUUCAGUUAUGUAAAAUUUUUGUUAUACAUUUUUUGGGGGGAUAUAUUGCAUCAACUAUGUACAGUCAUUACAUAUGAAUAGGUUAUUUAAGAAAUAGUUUGAAAGUUCAUCAAGGUAUGACCUGUAAUUUUCAUCUAGGCAUAUUUCAUAUGAAAUUUUAAAAAAUAAUUUUAAGAAAAUUAAUAUGUUUUCUGAUUGUAAUUUAAUUCU